GACGCCAAAGGCGGGGCCGGCCGGCCGCGGUCGCCGACAGGGUCGGGCCAGGUGCCGUGCGCAUGCGCUUCGGGCGGGCUGGCGGCGGAGGGGCAUUACAAUGGAAGAUGAGGAGGUCGCCGAGAGUUGGGAGGAGGCGGCCGACAGCGGGGAGAUAGAUAGGCGACUGGAAAAGAAACUGAAAAUCACCCAGAAGGAAAGCAGGAAGUCCAAGUCCCCGCCCAAAGUGCCGAUCGUGAUUCAGGACGACAGCCUUCCUUCGGGCCCACCGCCACAGAUUCGGAUCUUAAAGCGGCCCACGAGCAACGGGGUGCUGAGUAACCCCAACUCUGCCAGCCGACCUGCCUUCCCAGUGAAGUCGCUGGCGCAGAGGGAGGCCGAAUACGCGGAGGCCAGGAAGCGGAUUCUGGGCAGCGCCAGCCCCGAAGAGGAGCAAGAGAAGCCGAUCCUUGACCGGCCCACCAGGAUCUCCCAGCCUGAAGACUCCAGGCAGCCCAGCAAUGUGAUCAGGCAGCCGCUGGGCCCGGACGGUUCGCAGGGCUUCAAGCAACGCAGAUAGGCUUGGCUGGCUGACUGGGUAGUAUGACAGCAGGGGGCUCCCCCUCCUCGGCAGACCGAUGGACCUGUGCCACAGGGGCGUGACUCUGGCCGGGUGUGCCCCCGGCUCACUGUGGCCCUCAGCCCUGGCCCUGGGACUCCUGCACCUCCCUGUGGGACUGACAUGCCAAGGAGGGCGUGCCAAGGGAGGAGGAAGCGGGGCAGGCUUCUCCCACGGGGUGCUGGGUUGCCCCAACCUCCCACCUGCUGAAGUGAGCGCCUGCAAAGGAAUGACUUCUCCCAUUGGCCCCCCAGGACUAGCAGCAGGAGGGGGGCUCUGCUUCCCAAGAUGUGCAUGUUGGUGCGUGUUACGUUUGAAGCAAGGUGCAGACAGGGCGGGUGGGCGGAAGGUUUGAUGGUUUGCUUUGGGGAAUGGGAUGGCUUUGAAGCAUCACGCGUGGGAAGAAGAAAGGGGGUGUGUUAGCUGUUUAACUUGUUGAUCUGAGAAAUGGUAGUUGGUAGUGUUCAAAAAGAAGGGGAAUGGGGAGGAAGCGACGGUGGGCAAACCCUGUCUCCUCCUGCUUGCUGCUGCUUCUGAGCAAAUGGAGGGAGGGCCCUUAGGCCUGUCUCCCCCCAGGCCAGCUUGGCCUCUUGGAGGCCUGUGAGCCGGCAGGCGCCCCGGUGCCUCUGUGUGACGGGCUGUGGCUCAUCUUCCGCCUCGGGGCAGGAUGGAUUGCCAGGCCCCUCGUCUUGGCCAGCACUCCUUCGCCUACUCGCGCUGCUUCUGGACCAUGAGGAAGGUCUGCCUUUUGCCACUAGGACCCUGAAGUAGGCACAGACUAGUUCCUUAGCUCCCCUCGCGCUGGGCCCUUGGGAGGACGGGAGGCGCGGGGGAGGAACCCAGUGGCCAAGUGGUGCUUGUGCUGGCCACGGACACCAGGCAAGCUGUGAGCCCAGCUGCGAGCCCAGGAGUUUGGCCCGUGUGCUGUGAGCUCUGUUCCUGGUUAGCAUGCUGUUUGGAAGGGAAAGGAGUGGGAUACAAGCAAGGUUCAGAAGUGAGAAAGGGCAGGAGAUCAGAUUUCCUUCCCUCGCAAAAUGGGAUGGAUUAUGAAAGGCUUGAGGUCUUAUGACAGGCCUGAGGGCAUAGAGCCAUUUUUAAAAUGGCAUGGAAGAACGGAUUUGUGGUGACAGAUGGUUGCUUGUGGGCCCUGCGUGAUAUUCUAGCGUUUUCCCAGGUGGUUGGACAAAAAAUACUUGAGAAGCUGGUGGGUGUUAGGAGACCUGCCUGUGGUAGGUGCCCCCCACGUGUCGAACCAGCUGGGGCUUUGCUCUUUAGCAGCCGUAUUGAGGGCAGGUCUUAGGUCUCCCUCCAGCACCGCUUUCAGGUGCCUGGGCUAGCUUGCUUCACUGUGCUUCCCGAGUCUGCCUUUUGGUUUCACUGUCUGGUUUUGGAGGACAGAACCGGUGUAGAAAGGGACACCUCUGUGGCUUGCCUGGGUCAAGGGAAUCCCACCCUUAAAAUCCUCUCCUCUUAUGCUGGAACAGAAGGGAAACCUUGGGCUGCAAGGGGGUGGGGGGAGGAGUGUGGGGCGCUGGAACGGUGUCUCUUUGUACAUCAACAUAGGACAUGUACAAAAAUACUGCAAAACAAGUAACUGGUCAAAAAAGGAAUAAUAGAAAUAAAACUACCUGUGUACAAAAAGUGAAAAA